GGGGCCGCGACCCGCGCCCCGGGCAUGUUGCGCUGGGUCCGCCAGCAGCUGGGUUUUGACCCACCACAUCAAAGUGAUACGCGAACUAUUUAUAUAGCAAAUCGUUUUCCCCAGCAUGGCCAUUAUGUUCCUCAGAAAUUUGCAGACAACAGAAUCAUAUCAUCCAAGUAUACAGUGUGGAAUUUUGUUCCAAAAAACUUAUUUGAACAAUUCAGAAGAGUAGCCAACUUUUAUUUUUUGAUAAUAUUUUUGGUUCAGCUCAUGAUAGAUACCCCUACCAGUCCCAUUACCAGUGGAUUGCCAUUGUUUUUUGUCAUAACUGUAACAGCCAUAAAACAGGGUUACGAAGACUGGCUACGACACAAAGCAGACAAUGAAGUAAACGGUGCUCCAGUUUAUGUUGUUAGAAGUGGUGGUCUUGUGAAAACUAGAUCUAAAAACAUUCGGGUUGGCGACAUUGUCAGAGUAGCCAAAGAUGAGACUUUCCCUGUUGAUCUGGUGCUUCUGUCAUCCGAUAGAGCGGACGGUUCAUGUCACGUUACUACUGCAAGUCUGGAUGGAGAAACCAAUCUUAAGACACAUGUUGCGGUUCCAGAAACAGCAGUGUUACAGUCAGUUGCCAACCUGGACAAACUUGUCGCUGUUAUAGAAUGCCAGCAGCCAGAAGCAGACCUCUACAGAUUUGUUGGAAGAAUAACUGUAAGUCAACAAAUUGAGGAAAUUGUACGACCUCUUGGGCCUGAAAGUCUCUUACUUCGUGGAGCAAGAUUGAAAAACACUAAAGAAAUAUUUGGCGUUGCUGUGUAUACGGGUAUGGAGACAAAGAUGGCAUUAAAUUACAAAAGUAAAUCUCAAAAACGGUCAGCAGUAGAAAAGUCUAUGAAUUCUUUCUUGAUUAUUUAUCUAAUAAUCCUCCUCUUUGAAGCCAUUCUGAGUACUAUUUUAAAAUAUGCAUGGCAAGCUGAAGAAAAAUGGGAUGAGCCUUGGUAUAAUGAAAAAACAGAGCACGAAAGAAACAGCAGUAAGAUACUGAGAUUUAUUUCAGAUUUUCUUGCUUUUCUGGUACUUUACAAUUUUAUCAUACCUAUUUCACUUUAUGUGACUGUUGAGAUGCAGAAAUUUCUUGGAUCUUUUUUUAUUGGCUGGGAUCUUGACCUCUAUCACGAAGAGACAAACCAGAGAGCACAAGUAAAUACCUCGGACCUCAAUGAAGAGUUGGGACAGAUAGAAUAUGUGUUUACAGACAAAACUGGUACAUUAACUGAAAAUGAGAUGCAGUUUCGUGAGUGCUCCAUAAAUGGCAUAAAGUACCAAGAGAUCAAUGGGAAACUCACUCCAGAGGGGCUAUCUGAAGAUUCUCCAGAUGGAAAUAGACAUAGUUUGGUGAAAGAGGAAGAGCUCUUCUUGAAAGCAGUUUGUCUUUGUCAUACAGUGCAGAUCAAUGCAGAUCAAACAGAUGGUGCUGAUGGCCCCUGGCAAGCCAAUGGAAUAACAUCCCCAUUGGAAUAUUAUGCUUCUUCGCCAGAUGAGAAAGCUUUAGUUGAAGCUGCAAGCCGUGUUGGAGUGGUCUUCACUGGAACUAGUGGGGACACUAUGGAAGUAAAAAGUCUUGGAAAACCAGAAAGGUAUAAAUUGCUGCAUGUUUUGGAGUUUGAUCCGAAUCGCAGAAGAAUGAGUGUCAUUGUAGAGAGUCCCUCAGGGGAAAAGCUUUUAUUCACAAAGGGAGCAGAGUCAUCCAUUCUUCCUCGUAGUAAGAGUGGAGAAAUAGACAAAACAAGGAUACACGUGGAUGAAUUUGCCUUGAAAGGACUAAGAACUUUGUGCGUGGCCUACAGAAGUUUCACACCUGAGGAGUAUCAAGAAAUUAGCAAACGCCUUCAUGAGGCCAGGACUGCCUUACAGCAACGAGAAGAAAAAUUAGCAGAUGUAUUCAACUUCAUAGAAAGGGAUCUAGAAUUGCUUGGGGCUACAGGAGUGGAAGACAAGCUGCAGGAGAAAGUCCAAGAAACCAUAGAAGCGCUCAGGUUGGCUGGAAUCAAAGUGUGGGUACUCACUGGAGAUAAGCAUGAAACUGCUGUUAGUGUCAGUUUGUCAUGUGGACACUUUCAUAGAACUAUGAACAUCCUUGAACUGGUGCAGCACAAAUCAGACAGUACAUGCGCAGAGCAACUGAGGCAGCUAGCCAAGAGAAUAAAGGAAGACCAUGUUAUCCAGCAUGGACUAGUUGUGGAUGGGACCAGCCUCUCUCUUGCACUCAGGGAACAUGAAAAGCUGUUCAUGGAAGUUUGUAAAAACUGUUCUGCAGUGUUGUGCUGCCGCAUGGCACCCCUUCAGAAAGCAAAGGUAGUGAGACUGUUAAAAACUUCUCCAGAAAAACCUAUAACAUUAGCGAUUGGUGAUGGUGCUAAUGAUGUGAGCAUGAUACAAGAAGCACAUGUUGGCAUAGGAAUCAUGGGAAAAGAAGGAAGACAAGCUGUAAGAAACAGCGACUAUGCAAUAGCACGGUUUAAAUUCCUCUCCAAGUUGCUUUUUGUUCAUGGCCACUUUUACUAUAUUAGAAUAGCAACCCUUGUACAGUACUUUUUUUAUAAGAAUGUGUGCUUUAUUACACCACAGUUUUUAUAUCAGUUCUUCUGUUUGUUUUCACAACAAACGCUCUAUGACAGUGUAUACCUGACUUUGUACAAUAUUUGUUUCACUUCCUUGCCUGUCCUGAUCUACAGUCUUUUUGAACAGCAUGUGCAUCCGCAUGUAUUACAGAGUAAACCUGUGCUGUACCGAGACAUCAGUAAAAAUGCCCAUCUAGGGUUUAAACCAUUUCUUUACUGGACCGUCUUGGGCUUCUUUCAUGCAUUUGUUUUCUUUUAUGGCUCAUAUCUUCUAAUGGGAGAAGACACUUCUCUGCUGGGAAAUGGCCAGAUAUUGAAACCUAACAGGCAAAUGAUGUUUGGAAACUGGACAUUUGGUACUUUGGUCUUCACCGUCAUGGUUAUAACUGUUACGAUGAAGAUGGCAUUAGAAACUCAUUUCUGGACAUGGAUAAACCAUUUUGUUACUUGGGGAUCCAUUGUGUUUUAUUUCAUAUUCUCCUUGUUUUAUGGGGGAAUUAUCUGGCCAUUUUUACAUACCCAGGACAUGUACUUCGUAUUUGUUCAACUGUUGUCAAGUGGUUCUGCUUGGUUUGCCAUAAUCAUCAUAGUAGUUGCCUGUUUGUUUCUUGAUGUUGUGAAGAAAGUGCUGUACAGACAUCUGCAACCAACGAGUACUGAAAAAGCUCAGCUUACUGAGACAGGUUCAGGUAUCAACUGCUUGGACUCCAUGUGCUGCUUCUCAGAUGGGGAAACAGCAUGCACAUCUCUUAGAAGAAUGCUGGAACGACUAAUGGGAAGAUGUAGCCCUACCCGGGUCAACAGGUGUGGAAUUUCUCUCAAUAGCCUUUGCUGCAGGCGAUUCUCCUAUAAACUGGAACCCGAUGAGCCUGCAGCUAUAGAUGUCUAGUAAACCAACUGCAGGUUUUACUUAUUUAAUAGGAAAUGCAACUCUUUAUUGUACUUUUUUUUCAUCCUAAAAAAUAGUUUCUUGUUUCUUUUUGAGUGCUUUCUUUCGGGAUGGUGGGGGGGAAAUGGUUUUCAAAAGAUUUCCAUUAUAACGGUUAGUUUGGCUUAGUACAUGAUCUUACGAUCUUGUGUUGUAUCUAUAGUAAUUUUUCUUGAUUUGUACAUUCUUCUGUUUAGAAAAAAAUCAAGCCUCAAUGCUGUGCUUGUUCUCCUGGUUUAUCUUUUUAUUUUUUUUCCUUCACAAAUCAGGAGUUCUUUGUAAAAUCAAAUGCUCAAAAGCCUUUUCCCUUUGGUUCUUGAUGUACAACCUCCAAAUAUUUACCUUGGAGCUUGGAUUACUUCUGAAGAUAUACACAAGGCUCACACCCCCCGCCCUUAAAUGGAACUUCAUUGUUAGAAGGAGAGUCUUUAAAUCUUUCAGCCAUUAAUUGAUAUGGAAAUUAAAUAUUUUUGUAGUAAGACUUUUAUAAUCUAUUUCUAAAAUCUAAGUAAUUGACAGAACAAGAGCCUUCAGGUUCUAAGAAUUUUAAGCAUUUUCUUCAAUACUAGAAGUACGUUGUCAAAAUCAUGUGUGCCAUUUGAAAGUAUGUGCUAAAUAAACCUUUUCCUUCUGAAACCAUAUGUGUGAAACAAACCUCAAUGAGUUAAAAGCAUGUUAGAGUAACGAGAAAUAUUUCAAAGGAGUCAUACUGCUCUCGCAGCAGCCAUAACUGUGAUAAAAGCUCUUACUAAUCUGCUAAUGUGCCAUCCUAGCACUUCCAGAUAAAGAGGGCUAGCUAACAAACAUGGAAAUAUUUGGGGGUAGAAGUAAAAAUAGUCCUUUGUACAUCGUAAUCUCUCAGCCCCAGAAUGAUAUCAUAGUCCUUCAUAAGUCAAAAGUCAAAUCUAAAGUUUCACUUCACAGAUUUUCGAGGGAAAUCAUUUGGUAUCUGAACAGUUUGGUACCCUUUUAGUUAAUGGUUGGGGUAUCAUUUAUUCCCGAUAAAAUCUUGUGUGAGUGACUUUCAUUGACACACUUUGUCAGUUCUGAAUUUUUCCUUUAGAUAUUGGCUUGCUAUGAAGUACAUCUCUGUUUUGAGACUUCUGUUAAACACAGUGUCUGUAGUUUCCGUCAUUCUCUCUCCACUGGCUUGCUU